GUGCGGCCUGGCCGCUGGGGACUAAGUGGCGAGAAGCGCACUCGAUCGCGCGAGGCAGGCCCCCUCCUCCCGGGGGCCAGGAGAGGAGCUCCGGGUCCUGUUUGUCUCCUGGUUCCCGCUGCCUCAACCUGCAACACCGAGGCGAGGAGGGCGAGCCCGGACCCCGGACCCGUGGGAUUUGGCCUGGUACACAGGGCGUCCCUGCUUUAGCUAGGCCUAAGUCACCAGGAGCAGCCGCACUGGGGAGCCGUGGAGCGCAAACCCCACCCAUAGGUUCCGGCCUCCUGCGGCGCGCCCCCGCCCCCGCCCAGUGUGCCAGAGGGCGGGCGGAAGUUGGCGUGGCGAGAGCAGCGGGCUGUAGGCGGGACUUCCGGAGCGCUGCUGUGUCUUCCGGUCGUGCGCUAGGAGUCCGGGCGGCCUCCGGACAUGAAGGUCUGUGUACUGAAGCCCAGAGAGGUCAAAGGACAGCAGACUGGUGACAGAACUGGACCUUGCGCCAUCUCAUUGCAGUCCUGUUUCCACUGCGCUGUGAAAUUGGUGUAGUGCCGUGGCCACGCGCCCCAGUGCGGCAGGCUGCCUGCUGGCUGCCUGGCCCUGGAGGUGGACCGUGCUGUGACCGCCCACCAUGCGGAUGCUCCUCCCCAUCCUCCCCAUCCUUGGGCUCACUCUGGCCUGGGGCUCUGUUCGUGCUACCUUGUCAAAGUCAGAUGCCAAAAAAGCUGCCUCGAAGACACUACUGGAGAAGACACAGCUUUCAGAUAAGCCCGUCCAAGAUCGUGGUCUGGUGGUGACAGACCUCAAAGCUGAAGAUGUGGUCCUCGAGCAUCGCAGCUACUGCUCCUCGAAGGCACGGGAGAGGAACUUCGCUGGGGAUGUCCUGGGCUACAUCACUCCCUGGAACAGCCAUGGAUACGACAUGGCCAAGGUCUUCGGGAACAAGUUCACACACAUCUCACCCGUCUGGCUACAGCUGAAGAGGCGUGGCCGGGAGAUGUUCGAGAUCACAGGCCUCCAUGAUGUGGACCAAGGUUGGAUGCGAGCCGUGAAGAAGCACGCCAAGGGCCUGCACAUAGUGCCUCGUCUUCUGUUUGAGGAUUGGACUUACGAUGAUUUCCGGAAUGUCUUAGACAGCGAGGAUGAGAUAGAAGAGCUCAGCAAGACUGUGGUACAGGUGGCAAAGUGCCAACCCAGGUCAGGCUGCCAUGCACUCCGUCUUGAUCCCGGAGGUUAUCUGGGAGUCCCAAGAGUGGGCGACUUGUGUCUUUGGCCAGACCUCUGCUGCCCUCCUUGGAGAGGAGCAUCCCUGCAGCUGCCUGCAGCUUGGCCUGCAGGGGUGGUGGAACUUGAGCAGAACCAGCAUUUUGAUGGCUUCGUGGUGGAGGUUUGGAGCCAGCUGCUGAGCCAGAAGCACGUGGGCCUCAUCCACAUGCUCACCCAUGUGGCCGAAGCACUGCACCAGGCCCGACUGCUGGCCAUCCUGGUCAUCCCUCCCGCUGUCACCCCGGGGACCGACCAGCUGGGAAUGUUCACACACAAGGAGUUUGAGCAGCUGGCCCCGGUGCUGGAUGGCUUCAGCCUCAUGACCUAUGACUACUCCACAUCGCAGCAGCCUGGCCCCAACGCACCACUCUCGUGGGUUCGAGCUUGUGUCCAGGUGCUGGACCCCAAGUCCAGGUGGCGGAGCAAGAUUCUUCUGGGGCUGAACUUCUAUGGCAUGGACUAUGCGGCCUCCAAGGAUGCCCGUGAGCCCGUCAUUGGGGCCAGGUACAUCCAGAUGCUGAAGGACCACAGGCCCCGCAUGGCGUGGGAUGGCCAAGCUGCGGAGCACUUCUUCGAGUACAAGAAGAGCCGCGGCGGGAGGCACCUGGUCUUCUACCCGACUCUCAAGUCCCUACAGGUGCGGCUGGAGCUGGCUAAGGAGCUGGGCGUCGGGGUCUCUAUCUGGGAGCUGGGCCAAGGUCUGGAUUACUUCUACGACCUCCUCUAGGCUGGGCCCCCAAGUGGAUGUGGACUGUUGGCAGCUAUGGAACAGCCGACUGUGUGAAAUACAGGCCUUGUGUGUGCUGUGA